AUGAGAAAAGAGAAAAAUAGAUGGUUAUUUUUAUGUUGGCAUUCUUGUAACCAGUUAAAAUCAGCCACAGGCGUCGAUGUCGUGCUAUUGUCAAGUGGCCAAGAGAGAGAAAGAGAGAGCCCGCCAGGGGACACAAUAGCCCACGGCCUACACGCCGUGGAAUUUUGGAGAGCCCAGACGUACACGUACGUGAAUAUCGUGCAUUGCUUGGUGUGCGUGCUGGUAGUAAUAAUAUACUGCACUCUGCCGAAAGCCAAGAAAAACUUGUACAAUCGCGCAGUGCUGCAGCACAACAUAUCGCUAUUAAUCCUCGGAGGGAUUCUCACAGUGUUAGGACUUUGCCAACUGAGCGAGGAGUGCCCAUUGAACGAUCUGGCCAUUCGUCUGUUGUGGCUGAGUUUGCAGUAUUUCACCAAUGCCACGGUAUUUUGGCUGCACGCGCUAAGCCUCGGCAUAACGCCGAUGAUAAGCCAGCUCUGCUGGAUUUCCGCGAGUGAAAAGCGCGAUAACGAGGAUCGCAAGCUCCUUUUCUACGUGCUCGCGGCGUACGACGGAGCUUUGCUGCCGACAAUAACAGCAGCGCUGUUCGAAUUUGUACCACUAAUACCGGGCGAUCAUCCUCUGAAGGCCAACUUCAUCAUCGAGGCUUCCAACGUACUCAUGAGUGCGCCGUGGUUUUUCGGCACGCUGCUCGUCUGCUUCAAUCGACUGGUCGUGCUCAAACUCUGCAGAACUCUGCAACCAGUUUUGUGGCUGGUUAUAAUCACCUCGUCCGCUCGAGCCGUUCACCAGCUGACAAACGGAUUCAGCUACAAUACUCGAAGAUAG